GUCUUCGAACCUAAAGCCCACACAAAACUCUCAAACUAUUAUUAUCCAUAUAAAUACUAAUCUCUUCACCAUCUUUUAUACACAUCUAAUCAUCUCCUCUCCUUCUCCUCACAAUGGUUUCUGUAUCAGUUAAAAACAGAUCCAAAAUAAAAACUACAAUACUCAUUGCAUCUGAUGUAGCUUCAUGGUUGUGUGCUAUUAGCCUUAUGGCUCUUGUAUUGAUGAGUUCUGUUAAGGAAAACAACACUAGGAAUUGGGAAAAUUCUGUCGUCAGAGGAAAGCAGCUGGGCCUGUCUCAUAAUCGACCAUGCGAUGAAAUAUAUGUAGUUGGAGAAGGAGAAACAUUACAUACAAUCAGUGACAAGUGUGGUGAUCCUUAUAUUGUUGAAAGGAAUCCACAUAUUCAUGAUCCUGAUGAUGUUUUUCCUGGUCUUGUUAUCAAGAUUGUUCCUUCCAACCAUAACAAGUCAUUGAGAUAACCUUUUUGAUGGAAGAAUAUUUUGCCUUCCUCUUUUUUCUUCCUCAAAAAUAAAUGUGCUCUCUACAUGUAUAGGAAUAAACUUGAGCAUGAAUUAUUACUGAAAUUAAUACUGAAACAUAUAUAUAUAUAUAUAUAUAUAUAUAUAUAUAUAUAUAUAUAUAUAUAUAUAUAUAUGUGUUUUCCCUAUUUGAUCUUCAAAAUCUCAUGGAAAUGUUAAAAUUCUGUUUCUCCAUCCCAUGAUUAGCAACAUCAUAUAUAUUAUAAUGGCUUCUAUGCGCUCUCUCUCUUAAUACAUCAUCAUAAAACUAGUUUUAUGGUGUGUCUCUCACAACUGACAUCAGUUGUGUGAGACCUCUUUUUAUCUCACAAAUUUGUGGACCUAUAUCUUAC